AUGGUAGACGAUAUUUGGAACCUGGAGUUUAGGACAGAGGAUGAGGCUAGACAAUUUUAUAACGCUUAUUCUUGUUGGCAUGGAUUUGUAAUGAGGAAGGACGACGUGGUUAGGGAUAAUCAAGGUAGAAUCAUUAGCAGGCAACUUGUUUGCAACAAAGAGGGCUGGAGGAAUAUGAGGUAUCUUGAUCUAGAUGAUAGAUCAAGGGAGGCAAGGUCACUAACGCAAGCCAAGUGUCCAGCUUGGCUUAGGGUAAAGCUUGACUACGGCUGCGGUAGAUGGAAUGUAUCAUGUUUUGUGGAAUCUCACAACCACGAUCUGACGCCACCCCAAUUUGCGCAUCUGGUUCCGGCCAAUCGUCGUCUCACUAUCACUGAUAAAGUCCAAGUGGAAAAUCUUCAUAAUUUUGGUGUCAAGACCUGCCAUAUUAUAGGGUAUAUUGUGUUCCAGAAGGGUGGAUAUCGUCAUGCUGGUUUCACACGCAAAGAUUUGUACAAUCACAUUGAUCGUUAUCUUCGGUCAAAAUCAAACAACGAUCCGUUGUUCUUUGGAAAGUAUACGUUCACUAGUGACGAAAGGCUCGAACAUAUUUUUUGGGCAGAUGGGAAGUCAAUUAUCGACUAUCACUGCUUUGGAGAUAUUGUUGCCUUUGAUUCAACCUACAAGAAGAAUAAAUACAACAAGUCUUUGGUCAUUUUCUCCGGAUGCAAUCAUCACGGGCAGACUGUUAUCUUCGGCUCCGACCUACUAUCCGACGAAACCACAGAGACGUAUAAGUGGUUGUUGGAAACCUUUGUUGAAGCGAUGGGUGGGAAAAAUUCUAAAGCAGUAAUAACUGACGGAGACCUUGCCAUGUGA